CCAUAAUCAUCCAAAUUCUCUUCCCCGAGAAUUCGUAACCCCUUUACUAUUUCAUCAUCUUCAUACUGAAUACUGAAACUACCUUCUUGUCCGUUUGUGACUCUCCCCCCACAAAACGCAUCGUUUUGACAUAAUCUCUUUCGUCAUUCAAGCCUCAUUCGUAAUUUGUUCCUUUUCAGGGGUUCUUGCCGCCAAAAGAGGGACGUAAUCAACAUGAGAGCCAAAUUGGUUGUGUUCCCCAUACGAGGGAGAAACUGGUGCUUCAGCAGAUCCAUUGAUCAUUCUCUUAAGAAGAAUUCAGCUACUUCUUCCUCCCAUUCUCCUUCAACGUUCAAAGAACUGUGGAAGGACGUUAAUGUUGGUGAUAAACCCUUUAAUGCCAAAGCGGAGCUUCUUGCUGAUUACUGUGCCAACAAGAUGAAUAAGGCUUGGAUUGGUUUGGAAAAAGCACCGGAUGGGUCUAUCAAGAAGAAGAUUCAUGGGUUGGGGUUAUGGCUUUUGUCACGGGUUAAGCCCUCAGAGAUAUUCUUGAAAUCUAUAUCAAAGGAAGUCACUAGCAUCGAAGUCAUUUACCCUUCAAGUCUGAAUGCACAACUUGUUCGCCGAAGAUUAAGACAUAUUGCUAUGAGGGGAACAAUUAUCCACCGGAAAUACAUGUAUGCUACAGUUUCAGUGAUUCCAUUGACCUCUGCACUGACGGUUUUACCUUUGCCUAAUGUCCCAUUCUUCUGGGUUUCAUUUCGGGCUUAUUCUCAUUGGAGAGCCCUUCAGGGAAGUGAGAAGCUAUUCCAACUCGCCUCGGAUGGCAGCAAGAUGUCUAACACAUCGACUCAUAAGAAGGAAACUGAGCAUAAGGACUCAACCAAUAAAACCCAUAAUAGUUCAGAUGAACCACACUUGAAAUUGCGGCCAUCGGAAAAACUUGAGGAUCUUGUUGAACUUGAAGAUGGGAAAGACGGCCUGAGUCAAGAAGCCAUCACAAAAAUCUGCAAGAUAUAUGAUUUGAACACCAAAGAUGUUCUAAAAUACGAGAAGUCUACUUUUUGAUCAUCACAAUUUUGUAAUGCAACAUGCUAUUUUUUUCACCAAUUAAUUCAUUUACAUUUUUAGGUGUAACUACAUGAAUUUUUGUAAGGAGGAUUUUACAGAGAUACUAACUCGCAAAAAAGUUUUGAGUGCAUAUUACUCGAGAAUAACUUCAUCUUUGGUAGUGUAGUUUCAAUUGUAUGAAUGAGAGACUUUGA